CCAGUCUCCCGCUCACCCGGCUCCCGGUUGAUCUCGAUGUCGAAAUGGCACUGCGGCCGGUCCUGUGCCCCCAUCGCGACCGAGGCGGCGACAAGAGCUAGGAGAAAGGGGGAGGAAAACGGUGUCCUCAUGACUUCCCCUGCAGACCAUGUCUAUGAUCCUUUUUGCCUGUGUGGUGAGGGUGAGGGAUGGACUGCCCCUCUCGGCCUCCACUGACUUCUACCACACCCAGGAUUUUCUGGAAUGCCGGAGACGGCUCAAGACUUUAGCCUUGCGACUGGCCCAGUACCCAGGUCGAGGUUCUGCAGAAGGAUGUGACUUCAAUAUACAUUUUUCUUCUUUGCGGGAUGUGGCUUGCAUGGCUAUCUGCUCCCGCCAGUGUCCAGUGGCCAUGGCCUUCAGCUUCCUGGAGACCGUGUGGUGGGAAUUCACAGCUUCCUACGACACCACCUGUAUUGGCCUAGCCUCCAGGCCGUACGCCUUUCUCGAGUUUGACAGUAUCAUUCAGAACGUGAAGUGGCAUUUUAACCAUGUAAGUUCCAUUCAGAUGGAGAGCAGCUUGGAAAAAAUUCAGGAGGAACUGGAGUUCCAGCCUCCAGUGGUUCUCACGCUGGAGGACACGGAUGUGGCAAAUGGGCUAAUGAACGGUCACACACAGAUACACUUGGAGCCUGCUCCUAAUUUCCGAAUGGAACCAGUGACAGCCCUGGGUGUCCUCUCGCUCAUUCUCAACAUCAUGUGUGCUGCUCUGAAUCUCAUCCGUGGGAUUCACCUUGCAGAACAUUCUUUACAGGUUGUCCAUGAGGAAAUUGGAAAUAUUCUGGCUUUUCUUAUUCCUUUUGUAGCCUGUAUUUUCCAGGGUCCAGGGAGGCCGGUUCUGCGGGUUGGAGCAAACCUCAGGGUCCGUCCCCGACCCAAAUGAGGAGAGCUCUGAUUCUUCCAUCUGGGAGCAGUGACGUCAGACUUCUGUUUCUGGGGAAACGUCUUGGCAGGGAACCUGUGGAAAAGGGCUUGUCGGUGAGAUCUGGGAAUGGCCGGAUAUGGAAACAUCUGCCCAUGUGUACUGAUGGCAGAGCCACCGCCCACAAGCGCCUUUUAUUUAGGGUAAAAUCAAAUCCAUCGUUCUAACCUGUGCUUCCUUAGCCCUCAUGUGAUCCCAGGGUUACUUCAGAAGUAUUAUUUCAUGAAUUAUUCAUAUGACUUGACCCCCCAGAAUUCUGUUUUAUUUAAUAGACUUUUCUACUAAGAGCAUAAAAGGUUGCAGCUGAUUGAGCCAGGGCAAAACCAUUGACUUCACAUAUUUUUGAAUGCUUGCUGUCCAUGUCAUACAAGCUUCUUACUGUUUUCAUGUAAAAACAAAGAUCUAUUUUGAAUAAAUGAUGGGUAUGUUUUAACAGACUCUCACACAGUAGUAAAGCCUAAACUCGUGUUAACGUAUGUAAAGAAUAUUGUAUAGCCAUUUAUAUACCAUGUAUAUAUAAAUCAAAUAAGGUUGCUUCAGAAGUGAGAGGAGAAUAAAUCUAAGGUGCUUAUUAAC